CAUUAAAAAAUGAGUGUAGUGUUGUGUUAAAGCGUGUGGUAUUUUUUUUAAGUGAAGCAAAUCGGGAUUCAUCACGUUAGCAACAUGGUUUCUAUGAUCAACGGCGUUAGCUUGGAGGCUGGAGUUGUGUUGUGAUGUUUCAAAGCUCAUUAACGAUUUGUCCUCUGGAUUUUACGAUACCAUAGCUAACUGGUAGACACAUAAUCUGUGGUGGAAGAAGUACUUAAAUCCUUUACUGAAGUAAAAGUACCACACUGAAAAUACUCCAUACAGCAGGGGAUGGACUUUACAGAGUGCUACGGAGACACUGUCUCCAGUGUUGCUGUUGCAGCUCGAUUAGGAUGUAGGAAGCGGGUGAGGAGGCUGAUCAAGAGAGGUUUCAGUGUGGACUGCAGAGACAACCGGGGUUGGAAUGCCCUCCACGAGGCGGCAGCCGCUGGCAGCAAGGAGUGUGUACAAGACAUUUUGUCUUCUGCGGGCGCAGGCUCGUCGCAUGGCUGCAGUGCCUAUGUGAACUCUUUGACUCAUGAGGGGGAAUCUGCAUGUUACCUAGCAGCACAGCGUGGACACCUGUCAGUGGUCCGACUCCUUCUGAAAUCACACACCAACAUCAACCAGCUAACAAAUGACUUGUCCUGUCCUUUGUACGCAGCUGUAGACGGCGGGCACAAGGAGGUUGUAGAAGUGCUGGUCAGUAAAGGUGCAGAGGUCAACAGAACACACACGGCGUCCUGCUGGACCUGCCUUCAUCAGGCUGUUUAUAAGGGUCACAGUGAAAUAGUGCGCAUUCUGGCCAAUUUGUGCAACCUGGAGGCACUAGAUGACCACAAGAUCUCCCCUCUCUUUUUGGCUGCACAGUAUGGACAACAGGAAUGCCUGGAAAUCCUCGUUAAUGCCGGUGCCAAUGUGAACACCCAGGCAGCGGAUCUGGCCACGCCGCUGCUGAUUGCCUCCCAGGAGGGCCACCAGGGGUGUGUGGAGUUCCUGUUGGACCACAGGGCAGAUCCUAACAUAGCCUGCAGUCAGGACUGGCCCCAGCUUCCCAUUCAUGCUGCCGCUGAGUUUGGCCACAUUGGUGUCCUCAGGAGGCUAAUAGCUGUAACGGAUCGCGUGUGUGACCGUGGUGAUGGCAUGGUGAGUCCACUGUACUUGGCCGUCCAAAGCCAUCAGAGCAAGAGUGUCGAGAUGCUCUUGAGGGAAGGUUAUAGCCCAGAUGCCCAGGACUGCACACACAUCCUGGGUGUCCGUUCACCACUCUCCAUCGCCUUGUCUUGCACAUCCAACAAAACAAACAGUGAAUCGGUGGGGUUGCUGGUAGCUGCAGGAGCAAGAUUGAGCGAGGAGGACUGGAUUCAUGCCUUGGCCACUGACAAAUCAGACCUGCUUCAACUGAUACUUGAGCACAAAUGGAUCCCUCGACGGGAGACUUUGACUAGAGACUGCUCUGCAUCACAUCAUCACGGGAAAACUGUGUUAAAGCUGCAGGAAGUAAGAGAGCUACUCUGUGUGGCGCUAAACCAAGUACACUUUACCGCCUGCUGGCUUCCUCUGCUUCUGAAGGCAGGACUGGAACCUUCUCUGCUGCUACAGCCCCACAUGUUGGAGCAGGCAGACAGUGAGGUGAUUAAUUACCUCCUAGAGUUUGUAAAUUGGUCAAAUCUGUCUCCCGCUUUGAAACAUAUUCUGGAUCGAAGACGGGCAAAGAAGACCUGGGAACCAAGCCCACAUUUUGACUCCAUUCCCUGUCUUUCCCACAUGUGUCGGCUGCAGGUUAGGUUGGUGCUGGGACCAGAUCUACUGAUGAGGACCGAUGUAGUGCAGCAGCUCCCUGUACCCUCCCCGCUUCAUUGCUUUCUCAAAUUCAGAGACAUCCCGGAAGCUUCCUACACACACUCACCGACAUCAUCACCACUUUCAAAUCGAAUAGACGGAUACCACAGUACACACCAACACAGACAUGUUCUAUAAACCCCACCCAGUCUUCCCCUCUACAUUGCUUUAAGGUUGUUAAAACCAUCGUUUAACAGUUUCAUAUAUGUAUACUGUCAGCUUGUUACAGCUCAUCAUGGAAGCAAUAUGAUGUUUCAAUGUAAUAAUAAAACCUAAUGACCUAGCUGCA